UCUUUAAAUAAUAUAAUACAAUAUUAUACAUUAUUUUUUUUAGAAUUGAGAAAUACAUAUAAUAUCUUAUCCGCGCGUAGCGCGGUUAAAAAAUCUAGUUAAAUCUAAAAAUGGAUUACUUACGAUUGUUAAUAAGUGUAUUCAUUAAUUGUGCUAGAAAAUUUUCAAAAAAUAUGCAGAACAAUUUUAUCGUUGCUAGAAGAAUCGAAUAAUUCUUUUAUUUUCUAAAGUACCAUCCAAAUAUCUCUCUCCUUUAAAUUUACUAAAACAAGUUUUUUUUAAAAAUGAUGAAACAAAAAUAUUGAUGUGAAUGUUUGUUGACUUCAGAAUAUUUGAUUGACAAUAUGUCUCUAACCUUUAUUAUCAAGUUUCAGUAUUGUUGUUAGUUAUAAAAAAAAAUUUCCUCAACAAAUGUCUAAUCCCCCAUGCUAAUCCCGCAAUUAGAUUGUGCUUCCGCCACGUGACAGCAGCUUGUUUUAGGCUUAUUGGUGGAUCAAAGUUACGGCGCCGUCCACUCAGGCAGUCAUGCCGUCAAAGCUGUCAUCCUCCAAUCUUUUUCCGCCACGUUUCUUGAUUCACACAAUACGCAUCAAAUUGCCUGGCCUCUACCACACAAAAUGUUUGAGAAAUAAAUAAAAAGUAAGAUUUCCGCCCUAUUUAUGUUCCUCUCAUGUAUAUAUGUAUGUAUGUAUGUAUACAUUCGUAAUUCUGUUAGAAGUUGAAAACUAGAUGAACAGAGCUACUAGUGAUUUAGUUUAAUUGUUCAUUUGGAUAUACAAUGCAUCUAAGUCUUGAGAGAAAUCACCAUAUAUUUUUAUAAUGACAGGUAAUAUACAUAGUUAUGGUUGAAUCAAUCAAACAGCUAAAGCAUGGUUAUUGAUUUUUCUUAUGAAAUACAACCUUACGAAAGAGAUUAUCUAUAUUUAAAUGAAUAUGUCAUAAUUAGUACUAGGAUAAUACAUGCGCCUUGCACAUGGUGAUUAUUUGUAUAUAUUAUUGAUAAUUUUUUUUAUAUAUUUGAUCAUUUUAUUUAUACAUAUAAAAUAUUUUUUUUGUUGUUAUUAUAUAAUUUCUUUCAGAUAGACCGGAUCAAUUUUUAUUAAAAGUUGUGGAGCUAAACUAUAAUUAAAAUAUCAUGGAUUGAUCGGAUUGAACAUUAAACAAAUUAUAACACAAAAACUUUUUUUUUUCACCGAACACAUUUUUGAAAAAAAGUGAAAAGUACAGUUUCCACAGUUAAAUUAUUUUGACAUUUAUCUUCCAUAUGAUUUUGAAAGGUUUCAGAUCAACUAUUGAAUUGAUACAUGUCAUUUUAAUGCUUUUAGUUGUAUGCUUAAGGAAAACUUACAUUUUUGUAAUUUAAAGUCGUUGUAAAAAAUCAAAAUAUAACAUAUAAGAAAAAAUAUAACAUAUAAGUUUCCUCAUUUUUGCAAUUUAAAAUCGUUUAAAAAAUUUAAAGUAUAGCAUAUAAGGUUUUCUCAUUUUUGUAAUUUAAAGUUAUUUUUAAAAAUUCAAAAUAUAACAUAUAAGUUAAAAUCUAUUUUUUUAUUAUAUGGUUAAUGUGAUUGUUUAUUUUUGAAUAAUAUAAAAUUAAACAAAAAUGAAGAAGGAUGCAAAAAUUAUUAUCAAAUUUUUAUUAUUUAUAGUCAUAUAUAUGUUAAUCAUAUUAGGUAAUUCUGUAACUUUUAUCUAAGUAAAGAAUACACGCUUAUUAUAUUUUGGGUUAAUAUAAUAAUUUCUAGUAAUUAGAUUUGGACUAACAUUUUUUAAUUAAUUCUUAAGCGGUCACGUAAGCUAAAUUGUCGUCUUAAUUAAGUGACACUUAAAUAAGUUCUUUUUUUUUAAUUAGUACAAACUUAAAGUUACAAUUUCUUAAAUGAUCUUCAAUUAAUAUAUAGAAGAUUAUAAAAAUUUACUAAAAGACUAGUUCCUAAAAUUACAACGGUAGCCUAUUAAGCUCUCGAAGAUGAGUAUAUACUGCAAUGAAAUGAUUAAUACAUCACAUAUGUAUCACAACAAGAAUCUUGUUAUCUUUUUCGUACUUUUCACAAUACCAUAUUUAUAAACUUACCAGUCAUAAUUUCUCUAUCACAAACUUUACAUAACUAGAACAUUAUGUUUGUAUUUAUUUGUAUAUCUGAUGGAUAAUAACUGAUUUGAUGGGCAGUUAUCCAUUUAAUUUUGUACAGUUGUGCUUGAACUAUGUGCCAUUCUACCAACCAAAACCUUUUAAGAACCAUUUCUUCAUGACCUUUCUUUGACGUCAAAAUAAAUAACUAGUUACCAAACUUUCCUUUUUUUUGUUAUAUUCUUCGUAGAUCUAAUGUGAUUUCGCAUAUUUGUUAUAUAAUUUACACUAAUAUAUAUCCAGAAGAUGAUUAAGUCAUGGUUCCUUAAUUUGUUUAAUGGAAGAAACGUACCAAUGAUCAAAGUCAUAUUCUAUUUCCUUUUUAACGACUCGCAUUUGAAUUCGAACUUAAACGGCUGUAUUAGAUCUAAGAAGACAAUAAUCAAAAAUUAAAUUAAAGUUGGAAGAUAAGGUAAAGUUUUGGUGCAUAAUAAUUGGAGGAAGAGAAGAAUAUAUAAAUUAAAAGAAUGUCAUAAUCUCUGUUCAGACCCAAAGACACCAUAACCUCAUGCCAAAGUCACACAUACACAUAUACUGAUAUACAUAUACUGGUACCACAUAGUUGUGUUUGUGCGAGUGUAUAUAUACACAAACCACAUCAUAUCUCUUAACCUAAACAUUUAAAACCUCUCUCUCUCUCUUUACAAGUUUCUCUCUCUACCUAUCUCCUCUGUUUUUUUUCUUGCUCUGUUUCAAUGGAGGAACAAAACUGGAUAAGAGGACCAACCAUAGGCCGAGGCUCAACCGCCACUGUCUCGCUAGCAAUCACGAACUCAGGUGAACUCUUCGCCGUCAAAUCCGCUGAGCUUUCUUCAUCGGCGGUUUUGCAGAGAGAACAAUCGGUUUUGUCGAAAUUGAGCUCUCCUUACGUAGUCAAGUACAUUGGGUCUAAUGUGACGACGGAGAACGGCCAACCGAUGUACAAUCUCCUCAUGGAAUAUGUUUCCGGCGGGAGUAUUCACGAUUUGAUCAAAAAAUCCGGCGGGAAGUUACCGGAGCCGGAGAUUAGAUUCUACACACGUCAGAUAUUGAAAGGUUUGAUGUAUCUUCACGGACAAGGAAUCGUUCACUGCGAUUUGAAGAGCCAAAAUGUUAUGGUCGGAGGAGAAACCGCAAAGAUCGCCGAUCUGGGAUGUGCUAAAAUGGCGGGAAACGAAAGUUUAGAAUUUUCCGGUACACCGGCGUUUAUGUCACCGGAGGUGGCGCGUGGUGAAGAGCAGAGUUUCCCGGCUGAUGUGUGGGCUUUGGGGUGUAUGGUGAUAGAGAUGGCUACAGGUUUAAGUCCUUGGCCGGAGCUAAACGACGUCGUGGGUGCUAUUUACAAGAUUGGUUUCACCGGCGAGUCGCCGGAGAUUCCGGAGUGUUUGUCGGAGAAAGGCAAAGACUUUUUGACGAAUUGUCUGAGAAGAGAUCCGAAACAGAGAUGGGCUGUUGAAGAGUUGCUUCAACACCCGUUUCUUGAUGAAGAAGACAAAACUCAAAUUUUGUCUUGUUGCUGUCUGAAUUCUUCUUCUCCCAGUACUGUGUUGGAUCAAGGUUUCUGGGAUUCAUGUGAAACCUCGAGAAGUCGAUUAAUUCAAGACCCAUUUGCAAAUUCUUUUAAUAUGUGGGAUUCUUCAGCUGCUGAUCGGAUCAAGAAACUCGUCGGAGAUGAGAAUUCCGGCGUGCCGGAGUGGUUAACGGCGGAGGAUGGUUGGAUUGAAGUUAGAGGCAACGAGGAGAUAGAGAAACGUAACGAAGACGAAGAGGAAGAUGAGAAUUGCGUUGAAGCAACGUCAUCGGAGGAAGACGAUGAUGGAGGAUUUGAGAAUUGGAUCUUGGAUCAAGAAGACAGCUUAUUAUUUGAAUAUUCUUUCAUUGAGAAUAACCUUUUUUAUUUUUACCCUAGUAACCUCUUUGAAGAGGAUAACAUUAUUCUAUACUAUGAUCAUCUUGAAUAUGGUUUUGUACAAAAAGAUGAUGGAAACAAUAAUAAGAAUAAUUUCUUUAGCCACGUUACAGUUUUAUUUUACAAGUUCUAGUUUCCUUUUAUCAGAAUCGACACCGUUUUGACAAUCACACCUAAAAUUAUAGCGGCAAUUUUAUAGUACAUUAAAAAAAAUUGUAGUAGUACUUGAUUAGCUGAGGUUUGACGAUGGUUAAUGUUGACAAGAAUAUACGACUAUGUCAUCACUCAUGACUUGUCAUCGCUUAUUCACUACUCCUAUAUUGCAGAAUUUGGUUCCACAAUGAGCUCAUCACCUUACAUAGUCAAGUAGAUUCUAUUUAAAACAAUGUCAACUAGAUGAUGCUUUCAUAUAUACUACUUCAGUUACAUUUUUGUUUAAUUGCAAUUUAGUAGUAAUCUUGAGUUUAGAUAGUUAAACGUUGAAAGGUGAUAACUAGUAUACGGGCAAGUCGUCCUCCGUUGAUGUGUUUCUGGUAAGGAAGUUAAGUUCGGAAACCAAACCGCUCUACGUACCGAGAGUUGACUUUAUACGAAGUCUAAUUAUUUUAGUUUGGUCUUACAUUUAUGUAUUAUUUUCCUUAUAAUUUAAUAUUCUUUUCGUGUUUACCAAAACCACCAAGGGAGGUUCAUUCAAAUGUGAAAGCAUAAGACUUUUUUGGGGUCUACAACCAAAGUUGGCGUUUACUUUGUACACACUAAGCAAAGUUUGGUAUUACUUGGCCAAGUUCAUUCACGUUGACUUUUAUCUCAAUUCUCUAUGUCGAUGCUUCUCCUUUAGUUAUAUAUAGUUUUUUUGUCAACUAGUUUACUUAUACAUAGUUUAAGACAACAAAACUCGCCUCAAGUAGCUUUUUCUUACUUCAUUUAUACACGUUAAGAAACAAAUGUUUCUUAGUCCGCCUGUUUAAAAGAUCAAUGUUUUAGAAUUUUCACACUUUUUAAUAAAAAUAUAUUAAAAUUUAGCUAUAAAUGCAUAAUUUUUUUAUAAUUUUAUAUUUCCUAUAUUUUAAAAUCAAUAAGAUUUUAAGAAAUGCAAUUAAUGUAUCUUUUUGAAGCAAAAGUUUUCUAUAGAAUAUGGAUUUUUUAGGAACAGAGAGAGUAUUUUAUAACUUGUUUUUAGUUACAUGAGGUAGACAUUGUUCUUAAAACCAAUCUUUUUCAACUAUAAUAAUUUAUUGAAUAACCAAAAAACUUUAAAAUCAAACUUGUUAAUCUGAUUUAAAAUCAUAUUUGCGUUAAAAGAUCAAGACCUAGAUGUAACUAUGUAACUCUAUUUUAGGCAGAAAUAUUCUGCUAUCUUAAUUUUCAAAUCAAAAGAUGUUAACUAGAAAGUAAUCACGCAUUUGAUGCGUAACUAUCUUAACCAAACACCGUAUAAACAAAUAAACUAUCUAAAGAAAAGUAGGUUUAAGUGUCCACUUAACGUCCAAAAGGUUGUUGAUGGUGAAUCGGUGACGAAAGGAUGACUCUAUGUAGAUGUCAAAAAAACAUCAUACAUCUGAGUCCAAACAUCUUAUUUAUAAAUAAGAGAACAAAGUCAAAACGUUGUAGAUCAUUUCUAAGAUUAAUGAUUGGUUUAGAUUUUGAUCCAACAAAUCUGAUCCAAGUUAAAAGAGCAUCAUCAAUUGCUUUCAUCACAGAAACACUUGUAAUUUUCAACGUCUCUUUGAAGCUUUUGGGAAAUAUAGUUUUACAAGUUACAAACAAGUAAAAACGAAGACAUAUCCCCUGAUUUUGUAUGACUGAUUAAUUUUUCCAAAAUUCAUUUACAGAAAAUGACUAUAGCACGAAACACCAAUCAUUUUGUUCAGAACAAUUUAGAGCAAUUGUAAAAGACUAUAUAUAUAUAAAUUAAAAAGGUUGACUUUAGAAAAGGUGGAAGUGUUGUCGUUGGCUCACACUCACUACACUAUGAAGCAUCUCGGGUCAUUUUUAAAAUAAAAUAGUUGUGCUCAUUUUUCAUGCAUUCCACUGGGAUUGCAUGAGUGGGGAUGUCUAAUUGCCUAUAGACCCUAAGCCCUUAUCCAUUUCAACAAAUUGUAUUAUUUUUUCUUGUUGCAUACUAUUAUAUGAACAAAGAUAAUACUUCCAAAAUAGGAUGGCAAUUUUCUUUCCCGAUACUUUUAUAUAGUUAUUAUAUUUAAUUUCAUGUAUGUCAUUGGCUCACACGCAAGACUCCAAAGUAUCAUUAUCGGUAUAAGUGUGGUUGGUUAACUAAAUAUUCUAAUAUUGAUGGCUAAGGCUUUUAUGACUAUAUUGUUUUUUUCUUGCAUACAAAAGAUGACAAUAAUACAAUCCAAUAGACUAGAUAUUACUAUGAUCUAUUUUAAGAAUUCAAGUCUAUAGAAUAUAGAUUUGACAUGCAUAAAAAAUCGCUGAGGAGUCACACUUCACGCACUGCGAAGUGAAUGUAAAGAAGCAAGUUAUGUUGGAGGUUGGACUUGGUUUAUACUAUUUAAUCGUUUUUCAUAAAGAGGUUAUAGUUCCCCUUAAUGCUAAAUUAUUAUGAUACAAAAAAUGCUAAAUUAUCUUUUACUUAUUAAGAAAAAGAGCAUGAUACUUGAAUACAUUAGUGACGUUCAUAGAAGCAUCUCAUAUAAAAUAUAGUUUUACAAAUCUAGGAUCUUUGUCAGUGAUAUUAUUCUUCCCACAAUCAAUUACCAAAAUAUUGUGCUGGCGCUGCACAGCCUGCACUAUCAGAUCCACCACCACCACAAUUAUAUGACCUUGAAAACCUUUUAAUGUUGUACAAAAAAAAACUAUUUAAAAUAUUGGACUAACUUUAAGCAUAGGCCCAUUUACUAGAAUAAAAUUGAUAAUAACGCAUUUUAGUGACCGCUGCAGCAAGUACAGUGGAGCAAGAACUCCUAAACACACCUGUGAUGUCUUCCGGAAGGCAAACCUUUCUGCUAACAGACGGCAUAUAAGUCGGGAUAUGAAGACAUUAUAUACUCUAAUCUUUUCUCUUGUUUAAUCAUGUUCAAAUUUAGAUCCGGCAAAAAAUCCAAAUCUAAAUAACCGAACCUAAUCUAAGAAAAUAGUACUAAACCUAAAAUUAAAUAUUUGAAUGCGUUCGAAACUUUACUUUGGUAUCCGAAGAACCAAAACCAAAUGUAAUCUUAACCAAAAUAUUUUGAAUAUCUGAAUAUAUCCAAAUCAAUUUUGGAAAAUUUUCAUGUUUACCGCUUUGUUGAUACCAUUAUUUAUGUUUACUAUCACUAAAGAGGCAAAAACUCUUAUACCCUUACUAUAUAUAUGAUAAAUAAUUAUUUAAAUAAUUUAAUAUUUUAAAAAAUUUUAAAAUAAUUUUUUCAUGUCUUCGAAUUAUACUUUUUGAAAUUUUGAACUUUUUAAUAUAUAUUUUUUGAACUUUUCUUUCAAAAAUUAUUUUUGAAACUAUUUUUCAAAUUUUAAAGUAUUUAUUUAUAUAUUUAUUAUAACCUUAAACUCCACAUUCCAAAAAUCCUACCCUACCUACCCCUCAACUCUAAACCCUAAAUUUACAUUAGUUAACCAUAGGGUUGUAAAUGUAUUUUUUUUCUUUAAAUUGAGGAUAAAAAUAGUUAAAGUAAAUAUGAAAAUUAGUAUUAUAAAUGUGGCAUUUUUGACAAUUCUCUUAAAUUUUAUAUACUUAAUUAUAUUAGUUAUUUUUAGAUUUAAUAUCCAAAAUAUAUAAAAUAUUUUAAAGUUAUCCAAAAUAAUAAAAAAUAUAUACAAAUAUUCAAAAAUAAAUAUUUCAAAUAUCUAAACAAUAUUCAAAAAACCAAAAUACUUAAAAUAUCUUUUGAAUCUUUAUCCAAAUAUCCCAGCCAAACAAUUUUUAUAUUAAGUAGGUAUUUUGGCUUACAUUAUUCAAAUUUAUAUGUUAUAUAUUAUUUUCAUUUUUAGAUUUUGAAAUUUUUUAAGUAUAUAUAAAUUUUAAUUUUUUAAAAAUAAUUUAAACGAGUUAUCAAAACCCGAACCAAAAUUUAUAUAUCCAUAUAGGGCUAAAAUCUUUUGUUCCAAAACCCAAUUAUAUCUGAAAAUGGCAAAAAUAAAACUCAAAUAGAUCCAAAUCAAAUUUGAAUGAAUACCCGAACGCCCAUCCCUAGUUCAAAAACUAGAAGAAAAAAUUUCAAUUCUACAACAAGUUUGAUACUACUUUUCAAAUUUACCAUUAAUGAAUGAUUAUUUUCAUAAAUACCAUAAAUUGUUAUAUAAUAACACUAAGCUAAUUUUUUAAUAUUUAUAAGACAUUUAUAAACCUAACCCUAACCCCUUGGUACUAAACUUUAAAAAAUAAUUCUAAAUCAUAAAUCUAAAUUGUUAGUAUAUUUUUGAAAAAUGAUACCUGACUUGUGGUAUUUUCAAAUUGUUGGUAUAUUUUUAAAAAGUGGUACCUAACUUGUGGUAUUUUAGAUAAUUUCUCAAACUAGAAUCUAUCUUGGGCUUGAGUGAUUCCUAAGACUAAAGAAGCUAAAACACAGAUUUGUUUUUGUUUCCGAUUUGUUAGGUCGUCAGAGUUACCGAACGAAAAGUGCUUAUUCUUUGAAUCACAUCAUGAACAAUUUCGAUGGAAAUGAUUUAUCUUUUUACCCAAGAUAAAAAUCAGUGGCAUUAUUUUUAAGUAAAAAUCGUAACAUUUUUUUUAAACUGUAUAUUAAAUAACAAAACUCAAUGCACCGAUGCUUUCCCUGCACGGCAAUAACUCUUGGAACUAUUAAGAAACUCCUCUUCAAAAGUAUCAUUCACAGAUUGCAAUAUCUGUAACGGUUUACCUGAAAGGAAACUGG